AUUAGCAUUUCUAUUGGAUAAAAAUGUAAAGCAUGAUAUUUCCUAGUGAUUUUAAAAAUCGACUAAUAAUUAUUUUAAUAAAAUUAUAAAUAAUACGAUCGUUCAGUGAUUAUCUCGAAAAUAUUGAAUUUAUCCAUAUUAUAUAGAAAGAAAUUUUAAAAAGAAAAAAAUAAGUAUGAACAUAGGCAUAAAACGCUUGAUCUAUGAAUAUAGUGUAAAACGCUACGAGGAAAAGAGGAAACUCAUGGUCUAAGUGGCAGUGGUUGCUCUCCUUUACAAAUGGCGACUUACGGUGAAACACGCCGACUUUUAUAACCGCCAGAGUAGAUUGAUUGCUUUCGUAUUGUAGGUCGAGGAAAGUGUGAGAAACUUGUUGGAAUAAGGUAAGGAAAUUCGAAAAAAUGGGAAACGUGUCGGCUACUUCUGCUCCUCCACCACCUCCGCCUCCAACAUCGGCUCCUACACUUCCUCAGCUCGAAAAAACAGAUCCCACGACCGGGGUCACGACUGCUCAGACGUCGGAACACCUUGAAAAUCCUGGCACGAUCGAGGACCUUCAUAAGAAAUGCAAAGAUGUACUCCCUGUUAAUUUUGAAGGAGCUAAGUUGAUGUUGAAUAAAGGCCUUAGUAAUCACUUUCAGAUUUCACAUACGAUUAAUAUGAGUUCUGUUACACCGUCUGGAUACAGAUUUGGUGCAACUUAUGUGGGUACUAAGCAAAUAUGUCCUACGGAAGCUUAUCCCGUUUUAUUUGGUGAUAUUGAUCCUAUUGGAAAUCUAAAUGCUAAUAUAAUUCAUCAAUUAGGACAGAGAUUAAGGGCAAAGGUAGCUGUUCAAGUACAAAGAAAUAAAUUUACUGCAGUACAAAUGACAAAUGAUUAUCGUGGUGAUGCUUACACAGCUUCUCUUACAUUAGGUAAUCCGGAUAUACUUAAUGGGUCUGGUGUUUUAGUUAUGCACUAUCUUCAGAGCAUAACUCCAUCUAUUGCUCUGGGAGGUGAACUUGCAUAUCAACGUGGACCAGGAUUACCUGGAGGACAAAUUGUUGUUGUGUCAGCCGCUGGCAGAUAUACAAAUGGAGAGUCUACAAUUAGUUGUAGUUUAGGUCUGGCGGGUUGUCACGUUUGUUUUCAUCAGAAAGCUAGUCAGAAUUUGCAAGUAGGUGUAGAAUUGGAAAUUAAUGCACGAUUACAAGAGUCCACAGGUACCAUUGCUUAUCAAGUUGAUUUACCUAAAGCAGAUUUAUUGUUCAGAGGAAGUGUUGAUACGACUUGGACGGUGGGAGCAGUUUUAGAAAAGAAAUUACAACCAUUGCCAUUUUCUUUUGCACUUAGUGGCAUGCUCAAUCAUAGCAAACAACAAUUUAGACUUGGUUGUGGCCUUAUUAUUGGCUAAGAGUUACGCUAGUUUACGUAAUUGAUUUUUAUCAUACGGAUGGAAAAGCAGUGCUUUACUGCCGUGUUAUUAAAGAUAACAAUGUAACUAGCAUUUAUGAUGCAAAGUUAGUCUCUUUUCUCAGUCUCUCAUCCAUCAUUUAUUAUACAUCUCUAGUAAAGGUAUAUUCGAGUAUAUAAUUAAACAUUCACUUAAUACACUGUAAGGUCAGUGAAUUAUAAAAUAUUCCAAAGUCACAACACAUCAAAUUACUACUUCUAUCACUGCAUUUAUAGCAUUUUUGUUACAAUUUCAAGUAAAAACAAAUAUUCACUACAUUUGUGGAUUUGUAAAAACGAAAAUGUACAUAAAUAUCUGUGUGCUGAUAACGAAA